CCGUGGUCGUUUCUAGUUCCUAAAAUAACCUCCCUUCAUUCGCUGUGUGACGAAAUAUACCCCAUCUUUUGGAAAUUGGCAUCUCCUCUGAACUCCCAGGUGGUGCUAUGUUCGCGCGUUAAGAGGACAGUACUUGUCAACAAAAACGAUCUCUUUUUCGCUCAACUCUUUCCCCUCUUGAUACAAAUCGGAUCUGCGACUGUGAUAGCCGAUUCACCCCAAUCAAGCCACACAAGGAAUUUGAGAGGCGGCUCCGUAUUUUUUUUUUUUUGGUUUUGCUUGUCCACAGUUGCUUGUCCACACAAAGAUUUCUUUUUACGAGCAAUUUCGUUUGAAAUUUAGCUUUUGUUCGCCCCAGACUGUUGCGGCUGAAUGCAUUGAUGCUCAGGGUUCUUACAUGCAACUGCCCAACUUUUCUGGUAAAUUCUGAGGAAAAUUGGGACUGAUGUUUCCAAUUUCCCUGGGUACCUGGUGUCUGCACUGUAAUCAUUUAAAGUUCCUUCUCCAGAAGAUCCUCUGAGAUCUCCUAUAAGCAGUGAUGAAAGGAGGGCACGUGCAUGGCUUGAGAGGCUGGCAUUUUUUUGUAGCCCUUGUUUCUCUUGUCCUAAUGACCAUAUUACUGUGGACAUGGGAGAAUAAUCCACUAGCUAUAACUUUAGAUUCAGCUCAUGAGUGGUAUCGCAAACCUUUAUCAGGAGUGCUUGUGGAAGCCCCAAAUAAUUCAAUGGGAGAUCUAAAUCUGACAAAAAGUGAGGAGAUAUCUUUAAAUACUAGCGCAGAAAAUGAAACAAAGGUGCCACUUAACUAUGGGGAUGCAGUUCCUGUACAUUCUGCCCCUUCAAAAUCUCCUGAAAUACAAUAUAGUCAGGGUGUCAGGUCCUCUUCAGGAAGAAAAGUCUGUAAUUAUGCAAAGGGUAGAUGGGUUGCAGACAAGAGGAGACCAUUAUAUUCUGGAUUUGGCUGCAAAAAGUGGUUAUCCCAAAUGUGGUCGUGUAGAAUGACGCCACGACCAGAUUUCUCUUUCGAGGGAUACCGUUGGCAGCCAGAAAAUUGUGACAUGCCUGAGUUUGACCGGUCUGCAUUUUUGAGAAAGAUGCAGGACAAAACAAUAGCAUUUGUAGGAGAUUCAUUGGGCCGGCAACAAUUUCAAUCUCUGAUGUGUAUGGCCACCAGUGGUGAAGAGAGCCCCGAAGUUGAAGACAUUGGACGGCAAUAUGGUCUUGUAAAACGCCGUGGUGCUAUUCGUCCUGAUGGCUGGGCUUACAGAUUCCCAAAGACCAACACCACAAUCUUGUACUAUUGGUCAGCUAGCUUAUGUUAUCUAGAGCCCCUUAACAUAAAAGAUCCACUCACCAAUGUUGCCAUGCACUUAGACCGUCCGGCUGCAUUUCUGAGAAAGUUUCUUCAUCGUUUCAAUGUCUUAAUUCUUAACACGGGGCACCAUUGGAACCGGGGGAAACUUAAUGCAAACCGGUGGAUUAUGUAUGUAAAUGGGAAGCCUAAUGAAGACAAAAGGCUUGCAGUAAUUAGUAAGGCCAAGAACUUUACAACCUAUAGUGUAGCCAGAUGGGUGGAUUCACAACUUAAGUCCCAUCCCCAACUCAAAGCAUUCUUUAGGACUAUAUCACCGAGGCAUUUCACCAAUGGGGAUUGGAACACUGGAGGUAGCUGUGAUAAUACCAUCCCUUUGUCUGGAGGAAGUAAGGUUGUACAAGAUGGAUCUAGUGAUCUAUCUGUUGAGGGUGCACUAAGGGGCACGAAGAUUAAGAUGCUGGAUAUAACUGCUCUUUCUCAAUUGAGGGAUGAGGCUCACAUGUCUCGCUACACAGUUCGAGGAACUCAAAACGCAAGUGAUUGUUUGCAUUGGUGCCUGCCUGGAGUUCCAGAUACUUGGAAUGAACUCCUUGUUUCUCAGAUAUAGUCUUCCAAAGUGCAAUUAGAAGAAGACACAGGCUGACACAAGCAGAAGCCAUCCAUUCUUUGUGGUCUUGGAUGACCGAUUAUUAUUUGCUGUUAUUGUAUUUUAUGUAAUACUUUCUCGGUGGAUAAGAAUAUAGGCAGAGCAUGUAAUUCCAAUCUAUGUCUCAUUUUUAGAGUGGGCAAAUAGAUCGAUUCGGGGUAGAUUCAAACUACAGUGCUGAGAGCAUAUGUGUCUACUUCAUCUUAUUCAGCAAUUCGAGGCUAUGUUGUAUCAAUGUGUUGUUUAUGGAGUCAAUAGGAAAGGAAAUAAAAUUCCUCGAUCUUUUCAUGUUU